AUGACAGACAAGUUCAAAAAAUUAUUAUUAUUUGGUUUAAUUUAUCUGUUUAUUUUUAUCAAUUCUGUUGUAGCAAUCCAAAUUAUCUCCAUCUCACACUUUAAAAGUUUUGUAGGUGGAGGUACCAUUUUUGUUAUUGUUGGUACUGAUUUCCCUUCAAUCCCUACUUUACAAGUAGUUAAUUCUGCUGGUGGUACCAAUGAUUUUGAACUUAUUGAUCAAGUAGGUGAUACCUAUCGUUGGAGGGUGCCUCCAGCACCAAAAGCCGUAGCUCUUCUCAAACGUAGAAGAGACUAUGAAUCUACUGUAACUCUUGUUAUUAAAUUCGAUGGAAAUAUAUUUCAUCAAGAAGUAUUUUAUUUCCUAGCUCCAAUGAUAACUUCAUUCUCACCACAUCAUUUUUAUCCAAAUUCAAACAAUAAAAUAUUGACUGUGGAGGGUGAUGAGUUUUCGAUUAAUAACAAUGAUCCUUUACCACAGGUAAUGUUUAUUAAUGGAAAUCUGAACAUUCCAUUGGUUGUCGAUACCGUCACUCAAGGUAGAAUAGCAUGUAGAAUUCCAAACAAUAUGUACUUGAAUGAGAAUUCAUAUACUAUUCAAAUAGUAUUUUAUACUGGCCAUACAAUCAGAUCACUUGGAAACUUUAGAUAUGUUCUACCAACAGUAAGAUCAAUCGAACCAUUAUAUGGAAUUGGUGGAAAGGUACAUAAAAUUACCAUCAAUGGUGAUAAUUUUAUUGAACUAAACUCAAAUCCAAAUAUUGUGGUUAGUAUUGGUGGACUUCAAUGUACCAAUCUCCAAGUUACAAUGGAAAAUGAUAUCGAAAGAAUCAUUUGCAACACUCAAGUAGUAAAUCCUACACCUGGUCAAUAUGAAACUAAAGAUAUCCAAAUUGCUUUUGGACAACAACAAGUUUAUUGUGAUAAAGUAUUUACUAUUUAUGAACCAAAAAUCAUAUCGGUUAAUCCUAAAAGAGGUAUUUACACUGGAGGAACAGAUGUAACUGUACUAGGUCAAUAUAUUAAGGGUGCUUCGGUAUUCAUUGGUGCAACCGAGUGUAUUAUUGAUCAAACAACUGUUCAGGAUCAUUCAUUUGUUUGUAAAACAGGUGCCUUUACAUUGGGUAAGCAAUCAGAAGUCACCACUUCAAUUCAACUUUUGAUUGGUGGUCGUAUUUUUAAUGCACCAGAUACCGAAAAGUUUAAAUACUAUUCACCACAGAUAGCAUCGAUAGAACCCAAUCAAAUUAUCAAUGUUGGAAGUUGGCCUAUUGUCAUAAGAGGAGGUGCAAUGUAUCAAAACAAUCUCAUCAAGAUUAAUGAUAAAAUCCUCAUUCCAAAUGGAUUGUCAGACGAUAAGUCAAUCUAUACUUCAGUCGAUCCAACUCAAUUGCAACUCGGUGUGAACAAAGUCAAUAUUAUCUCUGAUGGUUACAAUUCUAAUGUCCUAGACCUUACAGUUGUAAAACCAUCGAUUGUCUCGGUUGCACCAGAUGCAGGUUACGCAUUCUCAGAGACUUUGGUUGUUUUUACCUUUCAAGAUCUACCAAGCUAUGUUUUACAGCAUUUGCAGAUCAUGGCAGGUGACAAGAUUUGUAUUAAUUUGCUUCAGACUGACAACAACAAAAUUCAAUGUACAAUUCCACCAGGUACAAGAAAUGAAAUCAAAGAUGUUUCAUUCUCUAUCAAAGGAAGCCUCUACCAAACAACUGUUAAAUUCUACUAUUUCGAACCGACAAUCAAUAGUCAAACACAAUCAACCAACAUACCAAAAGGAGGUGGAAAUUUAUUGAUCAAAGGAAACUAUAUGAACUUCAUUGGUGGAGUUAAAAUAGAUAGCAAAAUGUUAGACUUCUCAACCUGCACAGUUAAUCAACAACAGAUCUCCUGCAUUAUUCCUCCACAUACACCUGGUAGCUUCUCUGUUAUUUUGAUUGGUGUGGAUCGCGUUCACGAGUACAAUACAAACAAGAAGAUUAAUUAUGUUGGUCCAUCUCUUAGCAAAGUAGAACCAUCUCAAGGAUCCAGUAAAAGAAAGAUGACACUAACGAUUACAGGAACUUCGUUUGGAACCGAAAAAGACGAUGUCUCUGUGAUGAUUGGAGACGAAGAAUGUACACUUUCAAGUAUCAGGGAUACACGAAUCAUUUGUAAAGUUAAAGCACUGAAAGUAGGACUGCAUGCUAUAGCUGUAGAGGUAUUGCAAGUAGCAGCUAUCGAUUUACUCAAUUAUAAAUCUAACGCUCUAUCUUGUUUGGGACCACCACUUUCCGAUAACUCCAACAGCCCAGUCGAUUGGUGGUUCAUCUAUAAGAUUAAGAAUUCAAAACUGAAUACUUAUCUUUAUAUCGACCCUACCAAAGAUAAACUUGAAAGACUUUUUGACCUUCAAGAUCAUGAUACUGACAAAUUGAGUGCUCUUCAAGCAACAUUUGAUCAAUAUUCAGAUUAUUAUUACAUGUUUUUCAAUGACCAACCUGGUCAAAGAAAAAAAACUGGUGCUCGAGGAGCCAAACAAUCUACUGGAAGUGCAAAUGGACAUGUCAAAGGAAUGGUAUUCUUUGAUGAUGAAGAUGACAAUGGAAAGUUUAAUGGUAUUCAUAUUGAACAUUCAAAUCCAACAUUCCCAUCUUAUAAAGACAAAGACUUGGAUUCAUAUAAUGGUAUUAAUUCUGGUGUUAAAUUCCUAGGAAAACCAGACUAUAGUCAACAUUUCUUUUGUUAUAAUUUCGAUAAUCUCGAUCGUGUUAUGGAAUACUUUUUGAGAAACGAUGCAUAUCUUUUGGAUAAAUUCAAAGUUUUCGAUGAUAUAAAGUCAUGGGAUGACAUGAAACAAAAUCAACUUCCAUUUCUCUAUGACUAUCUCAGUACUUUUAUGACUAUCCCCGAUCGUAAUCCACCUCAAAAUGAUGAAAUCAUUAUACCAACGAAAUUAAUCAAAGAUUGUAGCAAAAAGAUCAUCAAUAAAGUGGAUCUGGAAGAUAUUUGUUGGUGGCAUUCACCAGAGGUCACCAUUGGUGGAAAUUUAAAGGCAUACUAUUUUAUGAAAUCUGGAAAUGGUGACAAAUUGGCUUUUCCAAAGGCGACAGGUGAUAGACCAGAUACUCUUUCACCUUUUGUUUUGAGAAAAGAGGUUGCCAAACCUACAUAUGAUGGAAUCGAUCUGUGGAUGGUAGUUGCAAACUUUUUCCAAAAAAAAAUGUUUGUCGAAUGUUUCUAUGCUAUUAAGACCAAACAAAUGCAACCCACCGAGCAAGUAUUAAAUGUUGGAUUCUUGGAGCUACCUGUUUACUUGGCUGAACCCUUGAAAAAUAAGAAAGGUGAACUUAUUGGUUACACUGACUAUAUCUCAUGUGGUGGAAAGCGUGAACAUGCUAAAUUUGGAUUUCCAAUGUAUCCUGCUUAUGGUAAUAACGCUCUUGAUGCAAAUGAAAAUUUCUUUUGUGUUGGUGAUAGUAAUAGGCACAAUGGACAAGAGAUUAAGGAUCCCAUCAACGACAAACACUACUCGAAAUUCCCUAAAUAUAUCGAAAAGAUCACCAGUAAGACUAUUUCCAAGGCAACAGACGUAACGCUUUCUAUGCAAUCAUUGAGAACAUCAAGAGACAAAGUUACAAGUAGUGAUGGCGAGGAGUCUUCAAUCAAAGGCAAUCCAACUAUGCCCGAACCAGAUAUUAUGAACUAUAUUGCAGAUGAUACAAUGUCACUACACUAUAUUGCAUUUGACGAUAAGAUUGGAUCUGUUUGUUCUUUUGAAGAUGGUAUUGUAGAUGCAUGUGAUAGGUCAAAUGCCAGAGCAACAUUAAUCGAGAGAACUUUGCCAAAGAAACACAAAGAACCUAAAUUCCCUCCAAAGUACAACUAUGCCUAUGAUGACACUAGAGAUAUCAGAACCUACGAUCUACUUAAAAACAAUGAUUUCUUGUUGGUCAAAUUCGCUCAACUUUUUAUGGCUAUGCUACCAAAUGCCAACCGAAAUUUCUACCAAUUCAUGGUUGAUACCAAUAAUAACUUCUUUAAUCCACAAUUCAGACCUCCAUUUAUUAUCAGAACCUCUGAUGAACUCUGUCAAGAAGAAGUUGCAUAUCUUAUGACUCUCCAAUAUAUUUACUAUCAAUCUGAUCAACCUGAUCCAAAUGUAUUAAUGUAUAAGAUUGGUGGUGACAACUUAAAUUGGGGAAAUGGUAUAAUAAUAGCAAUUUCAAAGAAACUUUUAAAUAAUAUGGACAAAGGAUUAACAACAAAAUUCCCUGCUUGUAUGUCAAGUGUUAUUCCAAAUUAUAAUGAUAUUGAAAAGUAUAUAGAUGAUAAACAACUAGAUGAUGAUCCUGAAAAAAUGUUAAGAAGAACUAUUUCAGCUGCAUGGGAUUGGAUGAGUACGACCUAUUCAGAUGGACAAGGAAAACGAUUAAAGAGAUUAAACAAUGCAGAGGUUAUUCCAGUAGAAUAUCUUUUGAACAUGAUGAUAAAGAUAAGACAUGACGAUAUGGUCAACUCAUUAAUUGAUUUGGUUGAUUAUAUAGAUACCGAUUACCAAUUGGGAAUUAAUUUCCAAGAUAUUCUAUAUAAUAACUAUAUUAUUCAACGUCCACCACCCAAAGUACCAAUUGUCAAUAAUAAUAAGAUGGUCAAUAUUAGAGUACCUCUAAAAACAUUACAAUCCACUCAACAAAUCUAUAUCAGUCAGAACGAAAGAGAAUUGGAAUCAGGUGUUCAACAACUCCUCAAAUCUCAACACUCUAUGAAUAUUAGUAAUAUUCUAUCUCUAUCGGAUUAUGAAAUUGAGAGAUUAGAACUAGCUCUUGACAAAUGGAUAGUUAUUAAUAACCAGAAUCAAGCAAUUAAAACUUUAAUCAGUGACCCAAUCAAUCAAUAUCACGAUCAACCUAUAGAGUUUAUAGAUAUGUUUAAUAUGGAUCAGACUGGUAAUCCUAUUAAUCUGGGAUAUCAAGGUGUUGGAAAUGGAUUGACUAGAAUUAAUUUGAAUUCUCCAAUUUCCAUUGCAUCAAUUACCUUUAUUUUGGAGAGCUUUAUUAAGAGUCAACUGACCAAUAAAGUUGUAUUUGGAGAUUUCGAAGUGUAUUAUAUUCAAAAGAACGAAUCAUAUGGAUUGGCAGUUUCUACAUUGAAUUCCCAACUAUGCGAUAUCAAGAUGAUGCAAUACUCUGAUUACUCUUCAAAUAAUUUCGAUUACAUAUGUAGCUCUGUAGGUCCCAUCAUCACAUCCGUAGAUAUUUUACAAGGUUCAACUAAAGGCGCCUAUCCUAUUACUAUCAGUGGUAAAAGAUUCGACUCUUCAAUGACAAUUAAUAUUGGUAAUCAACCUUGCGAUGAUCUCGAAUUAAUUUCAGAACAACAGAUAGUAUGUACCGUUCCAAGUGGAGUCGGACAGCACCACCUUGUAUUCAUAUCAACCCCUCAAGCCAUUUUCAAUAUCCAAAGAACGCAAUUCUUAUUCUCCUAUAACCUACCUGUAAUAGAGUCUAUCGAACCACAAGAUAUAUAUAGUUAUGACAUGAUAACAAUUAGUGGAUACAAUUUUGGAAGUGAUGCAACAAAGACCAAAGUCAUGAUUAGCGAUACAUUAGAAUGCUCUCCAAUAGUCAAUAUUUCAGACACUUCCAUUUUAUGCUUUGCACCUGAAAUAUACGAUUCGAACCAUCAAUCUAUUAGUGUUAUCAUUCAACAUCAACAUUCAAACACUGAAGCAUUAAACUAUGCUGGACCAAACAUUGAUAUGAUACUGCCAGAAUCGGGUGAUCCUUUAGACCCAAUCGUUAUCACCGGAGAAGGAUUCAGUAAUCUAACAACAGUGUUCAUAGAUGAUAUUCCAGUCGAUAUUCUAAAUCAAACCUUGGACCAGAUCAUCUUUGAAUUGGAUUAUGAAACUGCUAGCCACAAACUGACAAUCCAAAACGGAGAUCUUACCAUCAACAGAGAAUUCACUUACUAUCCACCAAUCAUUACACUGUUCAAUGAUACUCUAGUCAAUACCUCUGGAGGAUUAGUACAGCUCUAUGGUUUCGGUCUUGGACUUGUUUCAGCGGACCUAAACUUCCAAUUAAACAACACCGACAUUGAUUGUAACCCAUUCGAUCAUUUCAUUGAAUGCUACAUACCACCUGGUUUUGGAAGUUCACUUACUCUAAUUGGAUCUGUAUCCGAUCAACUUGUUGAUUUUGGAACGCAAUCUAAACUCUCGUAUCGACCACCAGUCAUUACAAGCUACCUGAUCACCAACUCCAAUGUACUAGAGAUCAAUGGAUACAACUUUGCACCAAUAGAAUAUGGAUUCGUUAUCAACGAAAGUCAAGAUCAUUCAUUCAUUCGAAUUGUGUACAAUGACUUUAAUGAAACCUGCUACAACUUUAUCUCUACAACCAAAGCAGAAUGUAAUUUGAAUAUCAAUUCAAUGAUACAAUCUAUUGAAGUUGUAGUCGGUGAUCAAAUAUCAAAUACCAUUGGAUUAUUCUAA